AUGACUAUGAUGAUCAGGUCUGCGGGCGAGGGCGGUUUGUGUUCAGCGACCGUCGGGAACGCCUGUCAUACAUUUACCGAGAAUCAAGGCAUUCCCAGGAGUAUAUUAAGGAAUAGCCUCUUCUUCCUGAAGAUUGUCCCUGGUUUGCAUCAACAAGAGAAGCGUCAGAGCAACACACGCUUUGACCCGGACAGUAGUGGCAAGCCCACUACGUGGGACUCAUUUGGCAUUUGGGACAAUCGCAUUGAUGAACCAAUUCUGUUGCCCCCAAGCAUUCGCUACGGCAAGCCUAUUCCCAAAGUGAGUUUGUCCAAAGUCGGUUGUGCGUCGCUCAUUGGUCAACGCAAAGAGAAUGAGGAUCGCUUCCAGAUCUCCCAAAUGACUGACAGUAUCAUGUACUUUGCUGUGUUUGAUGGCCAUGGAGGGCCUGAAGCGGCAGACUUCUGUGAGAAGUACAUGGAAAACUUCAUCAAAGACCUUGUGUCAGAGGAGGAGAAUUUGGAAAAUGUUUUAACUAAAGCUUUUCUGGAAAUUGACAAAGCUUUUGCAAAGCACCUACACUUCUUCCCAAAUUCACCUGCAACCAAUGCAGGCACCACAGCCACGGUGGCCCUGCUCAGGGAUGGCAUUGAGCUGGUUGUGGCCAGUGUGGGGGACAGUCGAGCCAUGCUGUGCCGUCGCGGAAAAGCCCUAAAACUCACAGAUGACCACACUCCAGAGAGGAAGGAUGAAAAAAUUAGGGUCAAGAAGUGUGGCGGUUUCAUCACCUGGAACAGCCUGGGGCAGUCAAAUGUCAAUGGGAGGUUGGCAAUGACUCGCAGUAUUGGAGAUUUUGACUUAAAGAACAUGGGUGUGAUUGCUGAACCUGAAACCAAAAAAAUAUCUGUGCAUCCUGUCCAUGAUGCAUUCUUGGCACUGACUACAGAUGGCAUCAACUUUAUUAUGAACAGCCAGGAAAUUUGCAACGUGAUCAAUCAGUGCCACGACCCUAAAGAAGCUGCUCAGAGGAUUUCUGAUCAGGCUCUGCAGUACGGCUCCGAAGACAACAGCACUAUCAUCGUAGUCCCAUUUGGUGCGUGGGGAAAGAACAAAAGCUCAGAUUCCAGCUUUUCCUUCAGCCGUAGUUUUGUGUCGAGUGGUCGCUGGGCGUAG